CAAACACAUUUACAGACUUACACUCCUCAUUAUACACUGACAGCCUAUUGUAUCAUUCAUCAGUCUCAUUCCCCGAAUAUUCACUUAUUGAUUCUAUGUUCUUCCAACAGGUGAAGGAUAAUGCUAAGAUGCCCACAUCCCAUGUAGUGACGAAGGUUGGAAAACAUUCACACAGCGGCAAGGAAUGCUCAAAUACUGCAUCGCCACAAUGGAGGGCAAAGUCGUCCUUCCUAUUGGAGAAGCCCCAUACAGAGAUUGUGAAGAUAAAGGUGAAAGGAAAGGGCCAUGGCAUCCUGGGAUCUUUCACUCUCCACAUCUCUGACCUCCUAUCGGCCGAAAAUCUAACUAUUCAAGGCUGGCAUCAGUUGGAAGCACCUUUCCCACAGGGCACUAUUUGGAUAAGAUUUGAGUUGAGGGUAAGUAAAAGAUGUUCCCUUAUCAAAUCAGAUGCACAGUAAUAUUGUUUUGCGGGUUCUCCCUAAAUACAUAUCUAGUGCUGAUUAUUUCUUUUUAUUCCUUAA